CAAAAACUACAUUGCUGUAACAUAGCUAGCCCCCAAAAGAAAAAACUGGUACAACAACAAAUCAACAAGAAAAUCAUCAUCAUCGGCAAGUAAUCGUCAAGACGGCGCUGCUGCGGCUAUGAGCAGAGCUACCUAACAAAAACAACAAGAAGGCAAACACGUAACAAAGAAGAACAAUCAACCACAACGUCUACGUUUAAUUUUUCAUUUUCUCUCCGCUUUAAAAUAUAUACUUUUGUUCAAUGACCUAAAUAUAAACUUCUGUGCUCUGUGAAUUAAGAACUCAAAAAUAGCGGUGACUUACAACUUUAGAUCUCCAAUAAGAAGAAUCAACUGAGAAUCCCCCCAAAAAGUGUGUGAAGUGAGAGAAGGCUUGGCCAUAUUUAUGUACAUAUCUACCUAUACGUUCAACAGUGAAACAGUGAAUAUUUAGUAAAUAUAUUAACAAAAGAAAAACUCAAAAAAGAGCCAAGUUGUAAAAGGCCGAAGCACGGAAGCGCAUUGAAAAUAGAAACUUUUAGAACAUUAACUUUGACAACACCACCUCCGGCGCCUCCUCACCACAAGUAGAAACAACAGCUGCAGGACAAAUAGAAUUUCAUGUCGGUUUUUAUGACCUACCGCAUCAAUCAAGAGAACUUAGAUACACCCUCAUCACUGCUUAUUGGUUCCUUUUCCAUCAGCAGCAGCAGCAGUAGUAGCAGCGGCUAUAGUGAAAUACUUAAGCCUUUUCCAACCACGACGACACCGACGACAUUUGGGGACUAACGACCCCCGCUGGGCUUACAAACACACCAAUAAUGUAUCACUUCGUUGCCGAUCAUCCUCCGGUGGCAGUGCGCUUAUCAUUUCGCGCCCAAAUCCCUGGCCAUGUACGUCAAUAUCUCAAGCAGUUUCAGAUUGAUGCCUGCAUAUUUAUGCAUAACUUUCUGGCAAAGGGCGAACUGUGUGUUUACAACGAUGAAAGCGGUUUGGGCAAACAGGCAGCCGUAGCCGUAUUGCUGGAUGCUGCCUGUGCCAACAGGAAAUCACUGAUCAUAGUGCAGAAUGAUGAAAACUAUGUGCUUGGCUGGGAAUUUCACUUUAGUGUCUUGACCAAUUGUAAUGUGAAAGUCAUUAAGGAUAAUAAAGAUUCAAUAGAUUCUCCCCACAACGUUUACAUUGCCAAAUGGAGUACGCUAAGGGCUUUGGACGAUUUGAGUAAAUUCGAUUUUGAUUAUGUCAUUGUCGAUAAUCGUGGGCAAAUGUUAAAUAAUACCUUCUGCAUGUCAAUGCUGUUGAAAUACUAUGAACGCAAAGUUAAUAUAUUGAUCUCAAGUGUUGAUAUAACUAGCGAUUUAAAAUUACUUCAUAACAUUUUAAAACUGGGAGGACGCUUGGAACCUCGAUAUUCAAAUUUUAAACAAUUCGAAGAGAAAUUUAAAUUACCCGAUGCCAAGGAGCUGACAUACAAAAGGGUCGACUUGGAAGAGUAUUUUUUGAAAAGAGAACGAUUGGCGGAUUACUGCAAAAACUUUCGUCUUAGGCGCUACUGUCAUCAGUACGAACAACAUCUGCCUUUGGUUCCAGCUGAUCGGUACAAAAUUAACUUGGAUAUAUUUCGAGAAAAACAGAAUGCCACCAACUCAGAGAGCAGUAGUGUAGAGAUUGCCACACAAAAUCGUCCAGAUGAAAGGGUGCGGGAUACACAAGAGUUGUUCGAAGAAUACUGUCGGCAGAGGAGAAAGCAACAAGAACUGGAAAAGCUGAAACAGCAAAAGCAACAAAGGGAGCAGGAGCACCAGCAAUUACAAAAAAUGAUGGAGGAGCGGGAAAAACAACAAAAGGAACGUGAAAUGCAAGAUGUCUUAAAUUUGGAUGACGAAGUGGCUUUUAUAAAUGAGACUCCUCCGAUUGUAGCGCCAGACAAACAAACCGGCACCAGAGAUAAUUCCGAUGAGGCCAUUGUUAUGUCUCCCUUAUUGUUGGUCUCCGACUCUGAGGACACAAAUGAUGUGCCAGAAAUUUGUAACGAUCCCACUGAUGAUGACAACAUUGUGGAUUUGUCAAGUGAUGACGAAGAAAAUGAAGAUAAUGAUGUAGAGGAUGAUAAUGAGGGGGCAAGUCAAACUUCGGAAAAAGAAAAAGAUGAGGCGGGAACUGAAAAUGUGGAAAAGGAAAGACAUACUGUCAAAAAGAAGGAAAGAAAGAAAAAGUUAACUGAACACGAUAGACUGAAAGCGGAUGUUGCUACAAAUCUUAAGUUUCAAAAUGAAACCACACCCAAACGACGUACCCGAAAUGCUGAGGAGAAUCCACGUUUGGUGAGUGGCAAGAAGCGAGGCAAUGUGGAAAACAUUAAGGUUACACCAAAAAGCAAGGACAUGAGAAAACAGCAGCCAUCCAAGGAAGUAGUGGCAAGGAAAAACGAUAUCCCUUUAAAGUCGAAUAAAAACAAUGACAAGGAUAACACUGCCAACAAAACUCCCACUUUGGGAAAAACUAAUAUGAGCGGCGAAAAAGACAAAUCCUCUCAAAAGGAAACAAGUGCAAAGAGACUUAGGACAGUACAAAACCCUCAAAAGGGUGAAGAAAAGGAAAACACUGCAUCAACACCUCGCGAGUCAAGAACCAGCAGGAGAAGUGAUCAAGCUCCCGAGAAAGAAAACACCAAUACCAGUAGUACACCCUUGUCAACGAGGCCCAAGAAAAGCCAUGUUAAUAGAAAUGACAGUCCUGGCGAUAAAAAUAAGGCAACAACUACGCCGACAACGCCGAUAACGCCGAAUAUGGUUAUAAAAACGGAGCCUCUCGAGGAUUAUACUCCACAAAGCAGGCGUUCGCUUCCCACAAAGGAUCUCACCAACACCUUGCAGCGCAUUAAACGAGAGCUCAAUGUUGAACAUGUGGUAAUGCACAACCGUGAGACGCGUAGUGCCAAGCGUUCAACACGUUCCGCUGGUAGCAGCGGUAGAAAUAUGAAUGCAGUCAAAAACUCAUUGUUUAGCAAUGAUAAACCCAAGCAUAAGAAAACCACAACACCCAACAAAGGAGGUGAGGAGGGAAAACGUCAAACUACACCGCAGUCGAAAAGUUCAAAACCUUCCAACGCAGAUGUCAAUGUUAAUGAUACCCAAGCCCCGGUAAUUUCAAUGACUUGUUCGCAGGAUUACGAUCCCAUACAAUGUGCCCAGCGUCUAAGUGAUGUCAGCGCCCGCGAAAACAAUACCCAAAAGAAACGGGCGGACUUUUUAAUACCAGCUACACCAAUAUCCACAAGAAACUCUCUAAUUCCGUCUUCAAUAAUGUCUAGCAGCAGUUUCUUUGGAGACUCGGAGGUGAUAUUUGUUCCUCCCACACCACCUGUUGAUAAAGCAUCCGGAAAAAAGACGACAAAAGACAAAAAGACUGAUGAUGUUAUAGUGGUUUCAGGAUCCGAUACCGAUAGCUCAUCCAUGAAUUUAACCGCGGCCACCAGUCGUCGCACCAGAGCUUUAAAGCCUAGACGAGCAGCGGCACAAAAUCAAAGCGAGGACUCGAAUAGUAAGGUACCAACAUUUUCGCAACUUUUGGCCCAACACAAUACCCGAACCAGCGCUAAAUCGCCAGAUCUCUUCAGCAAUUGCUCAGAUUUGGCCCAACAACUGCCAUGCUCACAGAAUGCCAAUACAGAGGAAACAAAUGCCCCAUUUGAAGGUUUCAAGAUAUUCGGUUCGGAGGUUAAACAAUUGCAGCAACAUUAUGCUUUGACCACUCAAAAAACACAGAAUGCAGGCAGUAGUAGCAACCACAAUAAAAGCAACAACAGUGGCAAGAAAUCCUACAGGGAUCGCAGCUGUUUGGAUAUUUUGGAGAACAUGUUUGAGCCCCCAAAUAAGAAGCAAAAAACCAAAGGAACAGCGACAAGCAGUGAGGGCAAUGAUGCUGCUGCCAAGCCUAGCACUGCUGCUGCCUCUGCCAUGGCGGAAACGAACAACUCCAGCUCUCCCUCUAGAAGAAACAAACAAAAGACCAAAGUGCAGGGUCCCAUAGUGCCCAAUCAUCCCCUAGAAGCCAUAGCGGAAGCCCAUAAAGCCUUAAAGGAGAGACAGCGUAGUCGUUCCAUUGCCUCUUCGUCCGUGCUGGAGGAUGAAAUCUUUGAGAUAACCAAUAAUGGCACCUUUGGCAGUGUUAUGCGUCUGCACUCGAAUGGCGAAAUAUCGCCAGUGCAUCAAGCACAGAAAUCUACACAAAAUAAUAAAAUAACAAAAUAUUUUCAGGGAGGUUUAACACAAACUCUUACAGGUUCCCAGGAGGACAGUGGCAAUAACUCAGAGGCAGGUACUCCGAGUAAGCAGAGCAAACAACAACAACAACAGCAGCAGCCGCAGCAGCAACCAACGCAGCAACAGCAACAAAUGACCAGUAAGAAAUCACCCAAACCCAAAUGUAAUCCAACACAGGUAACAAAAUUAACCAAAUGGUUUACUAAGAACUCACCCUCGAAACACCAACAACAGCAGCAACAGAUGACACAAGUUGCAAGUAGCAAAAGUAAUGCUGCUGCUGCUGCCGCCUCAUCGCCCUCGGCCAAAAGAAAUUUGAAAAGACGCCGCUUAGACCUGACAAGGGCAGGCGACGAAAGUGACUGAAAAUCACUUUUUUUAAAAACACAUUUUUUUAUUAUUAUUUUUUUUAUUAAUUUUAAUUGUUACUUUUUCGAAAGUAAUUUUAGUUAGUCACUGUAAUUUUUCUAAAUUAAUUAAUCUUUACCCUUUGGUAAGGCACCAUCUCCUGCUCAUUUGUUUUAAUGGAAAAGAAAAAGUUUCUGGAUUGUUGUUUCUUAGGAAAUUUCAACUCCUUUCCGUUUGGCUUAAGGUUAUUUUUCAUAAUAUUUAAUACAAGAAAUCUUGUACUGACCAAAUUGAAUUAAAGUACAAAUUUCAAAAUACACCCAACACUUUAUGAAUACGGUUAAGAGUUAUAGAGUUAAUAGUACGAUUGGAAUUCAUUAUUCAAAAUGUUUUAAUUAUAUUUAAAUUUUAAAUGCUUUACGAAUGGAUGGGAUCCAAUUUUAAUGCCGCAAAGUCUGCUUUAAAUCUUCUGUAAUGUGCGACUAGGUAUAGUUUUUUUAUUACAAUUUCUUUUAUUUUUAAAUGUUUAUAAUAUUUUAUCUUGUUUUUUUUUCGAAUAUGGAAAAUACAGUUUUUUUUAUUUUGUCACUUUGCUAAAAGCAAAAAUUUUUAGAUAUUUAUGCCCAUAUUCAAAAAACUUAAUGCAGCAGUAGGUUUGUUUCACAGAUUUUCUUUAUAGAACUGUCAAAUAAACCUUCCUUUAAUCUGCUUUAGUUUUGUGAAUACCGAUGUUAAAGUUUAAGCAAAAUUCGCAUAGUUAAAUUGGCUAUGGUUAUCCCCUCACUAAUGCUAAUAACGAUUCUCACCAUACGGCUCUUGACAACUGUGCCCUACGACAAUCGAGCAGCUAGAGCGAAUUGGGGCUAUGCUGAAACACGAGAGAGGUGCUGAAUGUCAGGCCCGAUCUCAUGCCUUUGUACCUUUAGGUUAGGUUGGAUGGAGAUGAUACCAAUUCAUCGCCUUUUUAUCCUCUCGCUCGCUGAGGCCCUCAUAUUACCAUUGUGAUUCUUCAGUCUUCUCUCUACUUUAGCCGCUAGUUUUCCACCAAGUUCCAUCUUCUCUGCUUAAAAAAUGUCAAAACACUUUCUUAUACCAUUUACAUGCCGGCAUGAAGUCCUUGAGUUGAUCUGGAUUCAUCACUCUUAGCUUCUUUAUUGCCUGAGAGAAGAAAGAUCCAAGCAUCCUAUUUCUUGUAUUUGAAAUAUUCCGUUUAGAUCGUAAAUCCCAAAACCUCUUCUGCUCUCUUCUUCAUCAUCUCUUCUUCAUCUUCAGCGUUAUUCCAGCGAUUAAACCAUCUUUCCUACACAUAUUUGCAUUUGUAUUUUGUAUUUAACUUUUGUUUUUUCUUUGGGACACUCUAAUUCGUCAAUCUUCUCUAUCCUUAAACCGCUAGUUUUCCACCAAGUCCCUUCUCUUCUGCUCUAAAAAGUCAAAACACUUUCUCAUACCAUUUAGAUGCCAGCAUGAAGUCCUUGAGUUGAUCUGGAUUCACCACUCUUAGGCCCUCUAUUGCCUGAGAGAAGAAAGAUCCAAACAUUCUAUUUCUUCUAUGAUUGAAAUAUUGCGUUUAGAUCGUAGAUCUUCUGCUCACAACCUUCCUCGUUAUUCUAGCGAUUAAACCAUCUUUCCUACACAUAUAGUUACCGAAACCAAAGGCAUUAGGCUGUCCCAAAAAAAAAAAAAACAAAAGUUAUUUUUUUGACACGCAUUCAUUUUCCACAACCUUUUUUCCCUUUGACCCAAUAAACCAAAUACGAAAUAUUAUGGCGAUCGGUUAAAUAUGACCCAUGUCGACACGACAUCCACAGUUGGAUGUGGUACUUUUUACAGUAUCCUGUUGAGAAUUUUAGGUCCUAGCAUGAAAUUCGUGGCAAAACUGUAUUUUAUACCCCCUAUUUUUAACCCCAGGAACCCGAAUAUGAAGUCCGUUUUUGGAGCUCGGGCCCGUUGACUCCCCUAGGGGCCAAAACCCCCCUUGGGGGUAAGAUGUCCAACCUAGGUAUUAUGGGCAUCAAAUGAUUAAAUGAUGAAUGAGAUAUUGAUUAGUAAAUUACGAAUAUGCAAUAAAAUGUCAAAAAUGAUGACCCGGGAAAGACCUAUGGGGUCUUGAGAAUUAUUAUUUUAAUUGUUCUUAUUUUAAAUAAAACUAUAUUUGCGUUCCAAAGUUGGAAAAAUUUAUCCAUUUCCAACAGUAGGAAAUAGACAAAAGUAUUUAAAAUAAAACUCUAUUUGCCUAUCAAAGUUGGACAAAUUUGACAGCCUUCGGUCGGGUUUGAGAUUAUCUCCUCAUCCAUAUAUCCAACAGUAGGAAAUAUACAAAAGUAUUUAAAAUAAAACUCUAUUUGCCUACCAAAGUUGGACAAAUUUGACGGCCUUCUGUCGGGUUUGAGAUUUUCUCCUCCUCCAGAAGUCCAACAGUGGCAAAAGUAUUUUAAAUAAAAUAAGCGCGAUUUUUUUGUAAUUUUUCAUUUUUUUUUUGUAAAUUUGUAUGUGUUUUAAUUUAGAGCUUAAUUUUUUGCAUAUUCGUAAUCUUUUCGUUCAAACCUUUAAUUUGAUACCCAUAUUGCCUAGGUUUAAGAGGGUUCCAAAUUCUCGAGACCCCGCAGGUCCAUCCCGGGUCAAAAGUUUGGACCUUUGUUUGCAUAUUCGUAAUCUACUAAUUACUACCUUUCAUUAUACCCUCCACCAUAGGAUGGGGGUAUACUAAUUUCGUCAUUCUAUUUGUAACACCUCGAAAUAUGCGUCUAAGAUCCCAUAAAGUAUAUAUAUAUUCUUGAUCGUCAUGUCAUUUUAGGUCGAUCCAUGUCCGUCCGUCUGUCUGUCGAAAGCACGCUAACUUUCGAAGAAGUAAAGCAAGCCGCUUGAAAUUUUGCACAAACACUUUUUAUUAGUGUAGGUCGGUUGGGAUUGUAAAUGGGCCAAAUUGGUCCAUGUUUUGAUAUAGCUGCCAUAUAAACUGAUCUUGGAUCUUGACUUCUUGAGCCUCUAGAGGGCGCAAUUCUCGUCCGAUUUGACUGAAAUUUUGCACGUGGUGUUUUGGUAUCACUUCCAACAACUGUGCUAAGGAUGAUUCAAAUCGGUUAAUAAUCUGGUAUAGCUGUCAUAUAAACCGAUCUUGGCUCUUGAUUUCUCGAGUCUAUAGAGCGCGCAAUUUUCAUCCGAUUUCGCUGAAAUUUUGUACAACGGCUUCUCUCAUGACCUUCAACAUACGUGUCUAAUAUGGUCUGAAUCGAUCAAUAGCUUGAUACAGCUCCCAUAUAAACCUUUCUCCCGAUUUUGCUUCUUGAACCCCGACAAGGCGUAAUUCUUAUCCGAAUGGAUCAUAUUCGGGUUCCUGGGGUCAAAAUUAGAGGGUAUGCAAAAAAUUAGAUUUUUUUUGCGAAUUACCCCGUAAAAUACAGUUUAGCUAAAUUCGUAAACAAAGUACACAUUUGUAUGACAUUUAUGGUUAUUACAUGAACUCCACCCUAGGCCACAACAGUGGAUGUGGAACAGAGCACUAUUCGACUUAAAAAUUCCUCCCGACAUGACAUUUAUGGUUAUAACAUGAACUCCACCAUGAGCCACAACAGUGGAUGUGGUCCAAAGCACGAUGCGACUUAAAAAUUCCUCCCGAUUCGAUUAAGCCGUGUCCGUCUGUUUCUGUGCCGUUUGUCUGUCUGCCUUUUUUGCAAUCAAAGCUUAGAUCGCAUUUGUUACCCAUCAUAACAGAUGCCACAUAUCACUUUUUUACCCCAAAGAUAUGAAUUUUGGUAAAAAUCGGUUCAGGACUAGAUAAAGUUUCCUUGUUAUUCGUUUAAUUGUUAUUCGAUUAGUCGAUCAAUCGAUCGGUUCAGAAUCAGAUAUAAACCCCGUUUACACUGCUCAUUAAAUCCGGAUUUAAGGCUCUCGUCAGCUGAUUUUAUAAAGGGAAACAGAUGAUCGAGCCACUAAAUCCGGACUUAAAGAGCAGUGUAAACGGGGUUACAGUUUCCUUUUAUAUUAGGGUGAACACUCGAUUCAUUGUUAUUCGAUUAAUCGAUUAUUCGUGAAUUUAUCAAAUAAUCUACAAAUUUAAAAUAAAAUAUUUUCAA